UUAUCUUACUCGUAAACGAAGGAUUUAUCUGCGCUUGGCCACAGUAGCUAUUAUCGCGAACACUUCGAUAUUUACAGACUCCCUCGUUUUAUCAUAGUUAGCCCACAAAUGAUUGGGUAUUAUUUCUGAUGGGCUGAAGCAGUGCAUCUGGAGGCGAUACGUCAUUCAACCACCUUGCCACAGCCAAAUAAGAUGGUAACGUCACUUUGACGAAGAGGCAAUGCGCUAAAACGAACUCUUUUCUCCUAUAUAAGUCAUCUCAUUUAGUCGCAAGUGGUCACCGGUUGCAGCGGCCGUCUAUCUAGGGUUCUUCGAUAUGCAAGAAUACACCGAGAAAUCAUCGCGGGGAAACCUUCCCCAGUUCAAGCCCGGUCACGAGAUACCGAUUCAGCACCAAAAGAAGCCAGGCUUGCAGGCUGAUCUCGAAGAACCGAAACCAGCAUCCAGCUACAUACCCGAUGAGGAUGGGGGUUAUCAGAGCUACAAAGCAGCAGGGAAGUUGAUCGGUAAACGCGCUAUAAUCACUGGCGGCGACUCAGGAAUUGGACGUGCCAUAGCCAUAUUAUUUGCAAUGGAAGGAGCAACAAGUCUGAUAGUCCAUUUGCCAGAAGAGGAAAAGGACGCACAAGAAACAAAAAUGAGGGUGCAAGAGGCUGGACAGGAAUGUCACAGCCUCGCCACCGACCUACGCGAAAGAGAGAACUGCCGCAAGGUGAUUGAUACCGCACUAGAAAAACUAGGUGGCAUCGACAUUCUAGUGAACAAUGCCGGGACGCAGAAUAUGAUCGAGGACCUUAAGGAUUUAGAAGAGAGCCAAUGGGUAAAGACGUUUGAUACCAACAUCCACCCCCUCUAUUACCUUUCCAAGUACGCUCUCCCUCACUUGAAGCGCGGCUCGACCAUAAUCAAUUGCGCAUCCGUCAAUGCUUACAUCGGCCGGCCUGAUCUUCUCGACUAUACAUCGACAAAGGGAGCCAUUGUUGCGUUCACGCGAGGUCUAUCUAACCAGCAACUCAAGAAUGGCAUUCGUGUUAAUUGUGUUUGUCCAGGGCCAGUCUGGACCCCGCUUAUCCCUGCCACCAUGACGACCACUGCGAUGGAGCAAUUCAGCUCCGUACCAAUGGGUCGUCCAGGGCAGCCUAGUGAAAUAGCGACUUGUUUUGUUUUUCUUGCGAGUGCGGAUAGUAGCUAUAUCUCAGGACAGUGCUUACAUCCGAAUGGGGGCGUAGUUGUGAACGGGUGACUGAUGUAUCCAUGGGAGAGCAGACACCUAACAAAAGUACACACAUGAAUCAAGUUUUAUAUGAAAAUCAUGUAAGUAUAAAAAGUAAAUAAUGUGAUUUCAAAACUGCGCC